AUGGACCCUGAUGCAGGAGUGGUCAUCACUUUCAAGGUUGAUGGAUAUCCAUUUCGUAGAGAGAAUUUUGUCCUAAAAGAAAUUCAAAGAGUGAAGAAACUCACCUUGGAGUCAUUGUUGGUUUAUGGGCCACGAGACUAUGUUCUUUGUGGCAAGGAGACAAUCUCUUUGGCAGAUCUCAGAGGCUGGAAUAUACUUGUUUACAUUGAUUCGCUUCGUGACAGUAAAUUUUACCAUGAAACCGAUCAUGUCCUAUCAGACCAUCGAUCAUCUGGCAGGACCUUCCAAGCGGAGCAAUCACAAGAGGCAGAGCGUCCCAGUUCUAUACUCGGAACAAUAUUUGUUCGCGGAUGUCAAGUUGAAGAUGAUGCAGUUGUUGAAUCAAUGCCUUGGUUGGUAUGUCCCUUUAACCUUGAUCAUUCAACUACCCUGCAAAACAAAAUAUUCGAGGAGGCGACAUGUGAUACGCUAGUUCAUUUUGGACCAGAUGGCCGGAUUUGUGCAUUACAUGUUCAACAUCAUCUCGACAUUUAUGGACCUGAUGCUUUUCCAUUUCUAUUUCUUGAGAAUGACAAAAUUCUACGCGAAGAUGUCAUGCAUGAUUCAACUUUGUACUCAGCCAGACUACGCUGA